AGGGGAGUAUAUGGUCGAUGCAAGAACCUCGAAUAAAACUUUGUGUGUCCUGAAUCAUUUUCUGCCAUCUAAUGUACAGGGAAUACAUGCAAAUGAGCUAAUAUGUGCUUUGGAAAACGGCAUCUGGCAACGAAGAACCACUUUCUUACUGGAGAAUAUGAAAUGAUAAGCAUUUAAUUGCAUGAUUGCAUAAUAUGAUUAUAUGAUUCUGAUUACGUGAACUGUCAUGAAACGCUUUGGUCAGUUGUGUCAACAUUGCAUCUGUUUACGUGCUGGUGCUUUGUACUGCGUUUCUUCCUGUUUUCAGAAAAAACAAGUCAACAUUUUUAACCUUUUAUAGCGUUGAACUCUAAGUGAGAGACAGGACAGAGAGCAAAAAUGAACGUGAGCAAUAUUUUGAAAAACGUUAACAAACUUUGCACAUAGUCUAACCUUAUGAACUGCCAAGUGGCUCUUCUGUUGUAUGUGGGGUUUGAUUAUUGAUUGGCACGGCGCAUUGAAGGCGAAGCAGGGCGCUCUAUACAGAGAGCUGAAAAGAUGAGAAGCGCUGGAACGAUGAGACUCCAGUAACUUCUGCGUGACCUCUACAUGACAAAGACGGUCUCCAUCAAUUGUCUGCUGGCUUUAUGUGACUCUUUUUGUGCCUUGGGCCGUUUUUUAUCUUUUGUCUUGUUUUGUUUGUACCAGUCAAAUUCCCUGGGUUGGGUUUGAUUUAGCUUGGUUGAAUAUUAAUUUACUAAAUGGACCAAAUACACAUAUGUGAUGCACAUACAUGUUUUUAUAUGAUAUCAUGAAAUGUGUAAUAAGCAGGGAUAUACUCUCCCAUGUGAUGAUGGGUAUUGCCAACUGGGUCUCAAUACACAAACAUAAUUUGUCUUUUUUAUUUUAUUUUCUAUCACAGAUCGGGUAUUAAAUCAAUUCAUUUUUCAUAUUAUAGCCUAUUGUUACCGUCCUAAUUGAGAGAUAAUGUGAAGUUUGUGAAAUCAGCUACUAGGUGUGCACAGCUUCUUCUCGGUUGAUGGAGUCCCUCCGCCUCGAUUGGCCGAGCUGGUCACAUGGUAGCCUAACUUUAUUCAGUUGACAGCAAGUAGGAGGGCUUUAUGGAGGGAGGAAAAAAAGACAACUCGAGAAAAAUUAGUAUUUCCUACCUUCAGAAAUUAAUGGCCAUGAGUUCGUACAUGGUGAACUCCAAGUAUGUGGAUCCAACAUUUCCUCCUUGUGAGGAAUAUUCUCAGAACAGCUAUAUACCUGAACAGAGCCCAGGCUACUACAGUCCGUCGCAGGACACUGAUUUCCAGCAUCCCGGAAUCUAUUCACGGUCAAACUACUCUGAGCAGCCUUACAGCUGUAACACUGUCCAGGGCUCGUCGGUGCAGCCUCGGGGUCAUGUGCAGGAUCCAGCCGGCCACCCGAGCCCUUACCCCGCACAGACAGAGCAGUGUCCUGCGGUCCAGAUAUCCGGACCCAGGACUUGUGGACCACAACAAAACACAAAGAGCCAGAACGGGAUACCAGCCAAGCAGCCUGCUGUAGUUUAUCCAUGGAUGAAGAAAGUGCACGUUACUACGGUGAAUCCGGAUUACACGGGACCAGAACCCAAACGUUCUCGGACAGCCUACACAAGACAGCAAGUUCUCGAACUAGAAAAGGAGUUUCAUUUUAACAGGUAUCUAACAAGACGGCGUCGCAUUGAGAUCGCGCAUACCCUCUGUCUCUCUGAGCGACAGAUCAAAAUCUGGUUUCAGAACAGAAGAAUGAAAUGGAAAAAGGAUCACAAACUCCCUAACACGAAAGGAAGAUCGGCGUCAGCUGGAAAUCAGCAUGCACAACACGCUCAGAAGGACAGCCAGACAGAGAUUACAACUUUAUAAGUGGAUAUCUCUCCCUCCCGCCAGAUGUACAGAUGAACUGUAUGUAACAGACAAUGCUUCAUUUGACAUUGCAUGGUAGCAAAUCAUGACAUGAUGGUACAAGUGCCAAAAACUGAGAAGCAGAAGCACCCACCAAGACUAAAUGCAGCGUAAAAGCUGCUAUGCAUUAAAAUCCCAAAUUUCGAUAUUUACAGUAUUGUAAACCCUUUGCAACUGAGGCAAAGAGGAUAUGAUGCAUCGAAUGAUGGUUCACAUGUCACCACGAGGUACAGUAAAACAUUAUAAAGCUCACGCUAUUUUACACAAACCUGCCAAAUUUGUUUCAGAGCAUGGUUCGUUAUAGUGUCCCUAUUUACACAUUUUUUUUUAAACUCUGUAUAUCACCCGUUUCCUCUUUUUAAAAGCAUAAUGGCAAGUUUACGCCUAUGGCGACUCAAUUUAUCCUAACUUAAUCAUUAAAGAGAACUUAAGUAAGUAAUGUCCAGCAUAUCAUAAAUUACGAAUGUCCUAGGUGUUUUUUUUUUUGUUUUUGUUUUUUUGUACUUAAGUCGGGUGCAAGUAAUAAAAACUAAAUAAAAUUAGUUAAUACUAAGGGGAAAAAUCGUCGCCUGGGAAAUUAUUUAUUUGUAGACUGAAAAACUGAAGACAUUUCCCUCUCAGCCUCGUUUAUUGUGCGCGCCUCAUUAAAGGUUUACUUUCUAAAAGCCUAUAUUUCGGUCAAAGGACUUUAUUGUGUAAUUUUUAAGAAUUUCGUUACAGACGUUUUAUAUUUGUUUAUUGCAGCUUUUAAAAAUGGUGUAUUUAAUCGAGAAAUUCUCUUUUCUUACACGAAUAUUCCAUGCUUUAUACUCCACUAGCUAUAAAUCCUGCCCGACAUCUUUGUAAACAAUAUAGCUACAGUUGCAGAAGCAGUUUUCUUGUCUUCCAGAUGUUGCCUGAAAUUCUUGAAAAUCAGCUUUGUAUUUUCAUUUUAGAUACACUUUUAGUCCUCAAGAUGUUUGAACCCUCUAUUUAUUAAAUGUUAAAAAGCUUUAUGUUCUACGUGAACGUAAGUAUCCGUUCAGUAAUUUUCAAAUUCAGUUUUUAAGUUCUUAAAUAUAUGUAUAUAUUUCUGUAUAUUGUGCAUAUUUUCUACAUGCAUAUUUUGCAGUAAUUAAAUAAAUAAUAUGCAGAGAGGUUUCACCCAAACUCCGUCAUAUUGUGUUUAAAAUAGAAACUGAGAUUGGAAAAACACGCAUCAAGCACUUUCAUACACAUUAUGUUAUUUUUGAAAUUGAAUUGGUGUUAAAUCUGAAAUGGUUCUCCAACAGUGAUUAAACUUAGUCGCUCUGCUA